GAAGAGAGCCUCUGGCUCCGUGGCGGCAGACCCUGGCUGUACUGCGGCUGAGCCAUGGCUACUAAUUUCAACGACAUCGUCAAACAGGGAUAUGUGAAAAUGAAGAGCAGGAAACUGGGGAUUUACCGGCGUUGCUGGCUGGUGUUUCGGAAAUCUUCCAGCAAAGGCCCCCAGCGGCUGGAGAAGUAUCCAGAUGAGAAGUCGGUGUGUUUGCGUGGCUGCCCAAAGGUCACUGAGAUCAGCAAUGUGAAAUGCAUCACGAGGCUACCCAAGGAAACCAAGCGGCAGGCCGUGGCUAUCGUUUUUACUGACGACUCAGCUCGGACGUUCACUUGUGAAUCCGAGCUGGAAGCCGAGGAAUGGUACAAGACCCUGUCCAUCGAGUGCCUGGGGGCCCGGCUGAAUGACAUCAGCCUUGGCGAGCCAGAUCUGUUGGCGCCUGGAGUACAGUGCGAACAGACAGACCGGUUUAACGUCUUCCUGCUGCCGUGCCCAAACCUGGACAUCUACGGCGAAUGCAAGCUGCAGAUCACCCACGAAAACAUUUACCUCUGGGAUAUGCACAACCCUCGCGUCAAGCUUGUCUCCUGGCCCUUGUGUUCGCUGCGCCGCUACGGACGAGACGCUACGCGGUUUACCUUCGAGGCCGGACGGAUGUGCGACGCAGGUGAAGGGCUGUACACCUUCCAGACCCAGGAAGGGGAGCAGAUCUACCAGCGCGUGCACAGCGCCACUUUGGCCAUAGCUGAACAGCACAAGCGGGUUCUGCUGGAGAUGGAGAAGAACGUGCGGCUGUUGAACAAGGGCACGGAACACUACUCCUACCCAUGCACACCUACGACCAUGUUGCCACGCAGUGCCUACUGGCACCACAUCACCGGAUCACAGAACAUUGCGGAAUCCUCCAACUACGGAGAAACCGGUUCUGCUGUCUGGUCCACAGGCAACGCCUACUCGGGGCCCCAAGCCAGCUCAGAGACCGACCUCCUGAACCGAUUCAUCUUACUGAAGCCAAACGUUCCCAAAAGCAGCAAGAACGAGAGCAAAGAAGCCAGUUCUGCUUCACACUGACGUGGCCCUGGAUGGGAGAGGUCAGGAUUUCAGCUCCAUCGAAGAGGGGAGUGGGCCUUGCACCGAAGACU